UAAUGUCCACAAACUCAAAUCAAAAUUCCCCAGUCCUGGCUGGCUGCCGUAACAAACCAACCCAACCCCACACGUCAUGAGGGCACACCUAGGCACGCCUAGGGUAAAAUGUUGAAGUUAAAAUCCUUUAUCCACCACGGUGGAAACGGCUACAAAAAAUUGUUGCCGUUUCCCGGAACCCAAAAUAAAAAUCUAACGUACACUUAUCAUUUUUCUUCUCUGUCUCUGUCUUGCGCUUUGAUUCCUUUGAUCACACUCAUAAUUUCCUUCUACUAAUAAAGUUUUCAAAAUGAACUUGGAGAUUAGCAAAUCUGGCUCUGAGAGUGGACCGGGUUCCGGCAGGAAUGACGGCGGUUUGAGAGCGGAGAUUGAUACUUCUGCGCCGUUUCAGUCUGUCAAGGAGGCAGUGACUCGAUUCGGUGAAGUCGGUUACUGGAAACCAUCUCAACAUAAGCUCUCUGAAACUGAGCAUGACGAGGAAGAGGUUGGCAUUUCAAAAGUAGAGGAACAAGCAGCACUGUUGGAAAAAGAUCUGAUCAUGAAAGAAAGAGAAACACUAGAUGUUUUAAAACAGUUGGAAACAACAAAAAUGAUGAUUGAAGAACUAAAACUAAAGUUACAGAAACAGGCAUCUGAAGCCAAUGUGACCUUGGAGUCAAGUGCAGAUGAUAGAAAUUUGACUCUUGCUUUGAAGGAAGAAAAGAAGGAUGACUUUAAUCGUGAGAAUCUUGGAUAUCAUAAUCAGAAUUUCGUGGAAGGUUUGAGCCCCUGCCCCUCUUCAGCUCCUGGUUUAAUUUUAAUGGAACUGAAGCAGGCUAAGUUGAAUCUUUCUAGGACUACUAAUGAUCUUGCUGACAUUCGAGGUUCUGUUGAAUUUUUAAAUAAGAAAUUAGAGAAUGAAAGAAUUUCACUUGAAAAAACCCAUGGGAGGUUUGCCCUGAACUCCUCAAAGAUAUCGUCUCUUGAGGAAGAGCUAAACGAAACAAAACAAAAACUUCAACUGGUGAAAAAUGAUGAAAUUAAUUGUGGUUUUGAGAACUCUUUGGAUAUAAUAAGGGAACUCCACCAGCUGAAUUCUGAGGCAGACCAGUUCAAAAAAAUGGGGGAUGCUGCACAAUCUGAAGUUUUGAAAACAAUAUCUGAGAUUGAACAAACAAAAAGUAGGAUAAAAACAGCCGAGAUCAGGUUGGUUGCUGUCAGAAAAAUGAAGCAAGCAGCAAGAGCAGCAGAAGCUGUUGCGCUUGCAGAGAUCAAGGCUAUGUCAAGCCAUGAGAACUCAUUGGAAGAUUCCUCACAGAAGGCUGAAGGAGUAACUCUUACAUUCGAAGAGUAUUCAGCCUUAACCUGCCUAGCUCAAAAAGCUGAGGAACUAUCCAAGGCUAAGGUAAUGGCCACCAUGCAUCAAGUUGAUGAUGCAAAUGUUUCAAGUAUUCAAAUCUUGAAGAGGGUAGAGGAAGCUACAGAAGAAGUCAAAACCAGUAAGAGGGCCUUGGAAGAAGUCCUGAACAGAGUAGAGGCUGCAAAUAGGGGAAAGCAGGACAAGGAGAGAUCUGAGCAUGGGCAAAAAAGACAUUCGGUUUGGAACUCUACCAAGUUUAAGAAUUCAUACCCAUCUCACCAUUGGAGGGAUUCUCAUUUGCUUGAUGUAAAUGGACUAAACCCAUUGAGUGAUGGGUCAACACCUGUUUUGAAGCCAACCCUAUCAAUAGGCCAAAUACUUAGAAGGAAGCUACUCUUGCCUGAAGAGUUUGAGACAGGGAUGAUGGCAGAAAAAGGCACCAUGAAGAGAAAGAUGUCACUGGGCCAAAUGCUUAGUAAACCAAAUGGUGCUGUACCCACUACUUGUAAGGUUGAGAAGGAAAACUGUCACAAGCAAUUUUCUGGAAAGAGGAAGAAGUUUGGAUUUGCUCGGUUCUCACUACUCUUGACAAACCAGAGCAAGAAAAAAAGAAGCCAACUCCAAACUUGAGGUAAUGUGGCUGGCCAUGCCCAUUGUUUUCAAUCAGGGUUAACUUCUAAAUUCAUCGCUUACCAUGGUGGACUCUUUUAUAUUCAUGUUUUCUAAUGUUUCUAGCUUCAUGUAGUUGUUUCUGUUGGCUACAUUUGUAUUUUGUACUUGUUUAUUGUAAAAAUGUUUAGGAUGUUUUACGUGAUUGGAUAUCAUGAUUGGAUUGUGCA